GCAGGAGAACAAGUCUUGCAAAAUGAGCAUCCCAAAACAUUGUGGAAGACAGUAGUCUCCCAGAAGCGUGAAGCUAGGGAUCGUUUAUUAGCGCCAUAUUUGGUCCCCGAUAUCGAGCAGCGAACGCCCCGAGCGCUCAAAGUUGAUGAACGAAGUCGAUUGGAUCAAGCUGAGUGGAAUGAGAUUACAGAUAUGGAUAACUUGAGAAUGCUGCUUCACAUGAUUCAAGCGGGCUUGACUGCGGAGAAUGUCGUCCAGGCUUACAUUCGACGAGCCGUAGUAGCACACCAGCUCACCAACUGUCUCACUGAGGUCUUCUUCGAGGACGCCUUGGAUCAAGCAAGAAAGCUGGAUGCUCGGUUUCAAGAAACACAGAAAUUAAAAGGUCCUUUGCAUGGCAUUCCCAUCACUCUCAAGGACCAAUUCAACGUCAAAGACGCCGAUACGACAUUGGGCUAUGUAGGCCGGGCGUUUGCUCCAGCCCAAGAAGAUGCGGUCCUCGUUCAGAUUCUGAAAGAGCUGGGUGCUGUCAUCAUUGCGAAGUCAAAUCUCCCCCAAAGUAUCAUGUGGGCUGAAACAGAAAAUCCUCUUUGGGGCCUCACGACGAAUGCACGGAACCCUGCCCUCAAUCCCGGGGGCUCUUCGGGAGGCGAGGGGGCGCUGCUGGCAUUGCAUGGCUCAAUCCUGGGCUUUGGGACAGAUGUGGGAGGCAGUGUGAGAAUCCCUUCUGCCCUAGCGGGGAUCUAUGGCUUUAAACCCUCAAGCGGUCGCUUCCCCUACGAAGGAGCCCCGGUUUCUUUGGAGGGCCAGGAUUACGUCCCAUCUGUCGUGGGUCCAAUGGCACGAGAUUUGGACACGAUCUGUCACAUCACGAAGCUAGUCACCGACGCCCGACCUUGGGACCUGGAUCCUCGCUGCACUCCCAUAUUCUGGAAUGAGGAUAUUUUCCAGAAGAUCCAAACCCGGCCCUUGGUCAUUGGAUUGAUGCGCGAUGAUGGUGUGGUUAGAGUCCACCCACCUAUUGCAAGGGUAUUGGAGGAGCUAGCAGCCGUGUUGGAAGCUGAUGGGCAUGAAGUCAUUCCCUGGAACCCGACAUACCAUGCUGAGUGCAAUGCAACGGUGGAUUGCUUCUACAUCGCCGAUGGAGGUGAAGACAUCCGCAGAGCAGUGACUGCUGGUGGGGAGCCUUUUAUUCCUCACGUCGAGGCGUUCACGGGCAUCGGCAAAACUUUCUCGAUCUACCAGUACUGGCAGCUAAACAAGCGCAAAUUCGAGCUACAAAAGAAGUAUUUGGAUCGAUGGAAUGCCGCCCGGUCAUCGUCUGGCAAGCCCGUUGAUAUUCUGCUGAGCCCAACUCUCCCCCAUACGAGUAUUCCCCACCGGAAAACGCAGUGGGUGGGAUACAUGAAGGUCUGGAACUUCUUGGAUUAUCCGGCGUUGGCUUUCCCCGUGGAUCAAGUCCGAGCCGACCAGGAUAGAUUGCCAGCAGAGCCUUAUGAGCCCAGGAAUCCAUAUGAUGAAUGGAACUGGAAUCUUUAUGAUCCAGACCAGGUAGAUGGCUACCCCGUGGGCUUGCAGAUCAUUGGCAAAAAGCUAGAGGACGAAAAGGCGCUUGGGGCUGCUCUUGUGGUAGAGAAGGCCUGGAAAAAGCACCUGGGAGCUAGAGCUUAA